CCCCAGGCUAUCCCAGAAACACAGACCCACUGUGCAGCCCCCCACCUCUGGAAGCAGGAUUUCAAUUACAUGGCUGAGUGGUGCCUUUCUAGCCCAACAAAAGGCAGAUCCGGCUAGUUGGGAUGGAAACAGAGUCGGGGGAUAAGACAGACAGUGGGGGACGAGAGUGGAAGUUAGAGCUCCAGACACACACACACUCACAAACAUUACUACAUGAAUAUUGACACAAACACACAGAGGUGCUAAGGAGGUUGGCGCUUAACCCCUCCUGAUCCUGAGGACUCAUGAGCAUUUGCCUGGUCUCUGUUUUACACCAUGUCAGCAGUGACCAACCAGCCUCUUCCAUUUGGUCGUCUGGAACGAGAAAAGCACAUCCAGAUGAUCUUAAGAGCUUUCCAGAACCGCUGUGAGCCUUCAUGUGAGUGCCAGACUCACUCACCUGGACCCAAACCUCAGCGAACGCCUCCUGGCUGGGGAUCUGAUAAGCAGCUUUCAAGUCAGGAGAAGAUGGAGAACGGCUUCAUGCAGCCACCAGAGAAAGUGAGCAGGCCAGGGACGGAGGGGCAGAACUUCGGAGGUGCAGCGAGAUCAGACUUUAUGUCCACACUGGAAACAGUCAGUGAGAUUCAUAUUGAUGCUCGGCCAGAGUUGCAAGGUCCACAGUGUGUUCCCAGGAAGAUCUACAGCAUCACCACAGGAGGCAGCAGGUCGCAGUUAUUUGUGGCUGUGGAAGAGAGCUCGUGUGUGUGUCUCCAGUGUUGUGGUCCAGCUCGGGCCUGUUCUUUCAAGGGCUUCGACUGUCAGGGCCACCAGGUCUUUUAUUUUGAAAGGCCCCUUAGGGUGGAUGCCUGCUGCCUCAGCUGCUGCCUGAUGGAGAUGAGAGUCUACACACCUCAAAAACAUCUCAUUGGCACUGUAUGCCAGAGGUGGAGCAUGUUCACCCCUCUUCUGGAAGUAUGUGAUUCAGAAGGAGCAAACGCCAUCAGAAUCCAGGGCUCCUGCUGUCCGUGCCGCUGUUUCUCCAACCAGCAAUUUCAGAUUGUCUCAAACAUUGGUGAGAAAAUUGGCACAAUAUGGAAGAAAUGGCCUGGCUUCAGUGACGAGCAUAACAUGGAUCAUGAGUAUUUUGGGUUGGAGGUGCCACUGAGUGUGGAAUCACACAUUAAGAUGCUGCUGUUGGCAGCCACCUUCUUGUUGAAUCACAUGUUCUUUGAGAUGAGCUGAUCAGUGAAACACGACCAAUCAUUCGUAACAGACUCACAAUAAGUGGACAAGGGCUAGUGAGGCACACCAGCCAGGUCACAGAUUUUCAUGGUACAAAGACACUACAGCAUGUGCACCAAGGCUCCUGUGGCAUUGAAAGGUGUAGCCGAACCUUUCUAAACGAACCUCUACUCAGUUUCAACAUCCAUUUAUGAAAGAAAGUGACACUGAACCGGCUUUAGCAGCAGAUGCAUAUUUGACAUUUAUUGCUAUAUAAUCCAUCAGGUGUACAUCCAACAGUGUUUCUUCACUUUUGACACACACGCAGACACCUGCACCCAUCAUCACACUACCAAACAUUGCCAGCAUUACAGUUUUUCAACAAACUAUAGGCGCUUUCUUAACAUGGUUCCAAAAAAUGCUCCCGAGGAAUUAAUAAAAACUGUCACAGACCCUGGACCUGGGCCUAGUUUCAUUUCUUUUACUACAAAAUGGAAAAGGAGUGAAGGCCAGUGUUCCAGGACCCCUAUACACCUUUGCUGAGGACAUUAAAGCAGAGCCCGACCCUUGGAUUAUUUAAAGGCGGGGUAAAGACAAAAAAAGACAUAAGGGAAACCUGGGUCGGGCUCGAGGCCAGGCACAGUGAUCUAGGCAGCUUGGCAGUCCAUUUUUAAGAUGCCGGCUAUACAACCUUCUGCUCAACACAGGAUGGUCCUCAUCCUUUGGGAUUCAACUUCCAGGUCAAAGACGGAGAACCAUCGCUGAUUCAAUUAAGUGAUCUUUGAAGUGGACUGUAUUUACAAAUAUAUCGUACACAAUAAUAGUAAUCAUUCUAGUUCGAAAUGACCAGAGGAAUUGUAGAUAAAAUACAGCACUGUAAUAAAAUAACAUCUACCAGCAACCCUGUUUGAGUCCCAAUAAAACAGAUUAACACAGAUUUAUUUUGACAGCAGGAAGUGUGAUGUUAUGUUAAGCAAUAAAAUCAGAUCUCGCAUUAUAACAGA